UUUUAUUUCACCUUCACUUUUAUUUUCACUUUCGUCUCUCUCGUUCUCUCAAUCGCUUGUUUGACCAGAGGGCAGGUUGAACCUCGCGCUCGUGCGAGACUUGUCGUCGAGCAGUAUUGCUGUCGUGCCAGUCUGAGUUACCGUGCCCGUCUUGCUGCCACAACAGAUUUGCUUUUAUGUCAAGCCGAUCGAUGUUGAUUUUGACAUCGCGAAGCCUUGUCGUCGCGCCAGUCUGAGUUACCGUGCCUGUCUUGCUACCACGUAAAGUAGAUUACCGGAUCAAUUUUGCCAUCGUGCCAGACUAGCUGUUAGGAUAGUCUCGUCGUCGAGCAAUAUUGCCGUCGCAGCCGGUCUGAGUUACCAUGCCCGUCUUGCUGCCAUGUCAGACCAGCCGUUGCGCCAGUCCUGUCACUGGAUCAAUCAAGUCACCUGGUCGAACUUCUUCUCUCAUUUUCAUUUCUUUUAUCUUUGUAUGGCAAGGCAGGGUCCUGUGACCACACCUCUAUUUUGACAUGUGUGUGUGCUUGCAAGAAAGGAGAAAUAGGUCAAGGGAGGCGAUUCCAAACCGGUCGUAGGCCAUGGGGGCUUUCCAACGUGAUCUAAGAGGGCACCCACGAGAGUCAGCCCAAGUGUGUCACGGACCCAUGUGAGGUAAGUCUCGCCUCACAACCCAAAUUCCUCUCUCACUAGUUGGACACUUGCCCUUGUUUUGUGAACAAGAUUCCCGAGAGAGUGAUCUCAGAUCCCGAUUCUUUUGAACCCAAGACACGUGUCACCUGAUUACCUAGAUCUGGGAAGGCGAGAUCGAGGCACCUAACCGGCUUGGCGAUUCCACUGGGGAUACGCUACCCCAUCAUUGGAUCGUUCUUGUUUGACUUUCCUUUCUCUUUAUUCCUGCUCACUAUACACAGACCUAUCUCUAGGGUUACUUAACCCCUUCAUCAGAGUCAAGGGUUUCGUAGUCCACGCACUCAUGAGUCUUCAUUGGGAACAGGUUCCGUGAACCUCAUGCAAGACCUUUCUCCUGAGCAUCGACCCUGUGUUGCGUUCUCAGUUCAUCACCUGGGUAAAGGUGAGGAUAGACUUACAAGUCCCUCACUCCCUACGUCCUUGCAAUGGUGGACCUUCUGCCAACGCACCUUGCAUUGGUGGCACAUAUGAGACCACACAAAGCACACACCCUGCUACCGGCAUUUCACACGCUGUUCCCACUGCUUGGGGCAGCCCGAAGGUUGCCGCUCCCUCUCCCGCGACUGACAAUUCAUUUGUCAUAACUCAUGCGGGUCACCCCGAGGCUACCCCCCAUUCUCUAUCACUUUGAGCCCCUAUAACAAGAGGCUCAACACCUAGGAGGAGGUGGCUCUGAAGCCACUACCUCGCACACACUCAUCAAAGCUAGGGAACCAUCCAUGCAAGCCACAACUUGAAGCAACCCACCAGAGCAAGGGAACCAUCCAUGCAAGCCACACCCUGUGCGCGUCGAGGUGUAGCGCCACACGUGAGUUGGGCUAGCAACGACUAUGUUGUGUGCAGUGCCGACGGUGUUGUGUGCAGUGUCGACUGUGUUGUGUGCAGCGCCGACUGUGUUGUGUGCAGCAUCGACUGUGUUGUGUACAGCGCCGGCUGUGUUGUGUGCAACACCGGCUAUGUUCUGUCUAGUGCUGCUCUGUGGUGUGCAUCACCGACUGUGUGGUGUGCAGCGCUAGCUAUGUUGUGUAUAGCACUGACUAUAUUGUGCGCAGCACCGGCUGUGUGGUGUGCAGCGCCGGCUAUAUUGUGUGUAGCGCCGGCUGUGUGAUGUGCAGUGCUGGCUUUGUUGUAUGUAGCGCCAGCUAUGUGGUGUGCAGCAUCGGCUGUGUUGUGUGCAACGCCGGCUGUGUGGUGUAUAGCACCAGCUGUGUUGUGUGUAGUGUCGGCUGUGUAGCGUGCAUGGGCAGCGAACGCCACGUGUCCCUUGCUUGUUGUUUAGUGUGCCUUGAGCUUGCCACUUGUUGACCAUGUAAGCCCAUGUUUGCCACUUGUGAACUCUUAAACACCACUUGUCACUUGCUGCCCUUUCCUCUCUUACAAAUAAAGCCCUUCUUAUCUCUCCAAGGACUUUUGUUCUCUCUCACUCUCCCAUGUCCUUAUUCUCUCUACCACACAUAGAGCCUCAAGCUUUGGGAGCUUUACCUUUGAAGGGGAUCUUGGUGGGAGGUAAACUUCGAGUUGUUGUGAGAUUUUCCGCUACAGGUCGAGGACGGUGGGAGGUGAUCGAGUUUGGUGAACUGAAAGCCAGUGCUCGACGAGUGGAUCUCUAUUCUUGUAUUGUCCGCUGCAAGUCGAGGACAGCUAGAGGUGAUCGUGUUUGGUGGACUGAUAGCCCAUGCUCUACGAGUGGAUCUCUAUUCUUGUGUUGGUGUUUGUUAGUUGUCGGCCAUGCAGUGGUUUGUUUUAUGAAGUUAUGUAUUUUGUUGUCAGGCAUGUAGUGCCUUGGAUGAAUUGUAAUAUUCUGGAUACUGUACUUAUGACUUUUGGAGACUGUAUAUGGAUAUGA